AUGGACAGUUCAAACUGCAGCACAACUUCCAUAGGAUUUCCAUCGACAGGUGCUGUAUCUUCAGGGUCUUUAAAAACCAAAAUUUCUCUGAAAGAGGGCUACUCGAGACCGUUACUUGUCUGUUCGUUCUAUUUGAUGAAACCAGAGUUACCACGUGAGGCUUUUACUGAGCGAAGUGUGUUACUUGGUAGCCAUGAUUUGCUGUCGAAGUACGAUAUGGGUAGUGCAUACCAAAGAUUUUGCAAUGCUAAAAAAAUGCGUGAGGAUCUGAAUUCUUUUCUACCUCAUUUGGUUGGGAAUUUCAACUUUGAUUCGUCUUUGGAAUUCAGCUCCUUGACAAAAUUAGUUGAAAAGCCACCAAUAACUGGGAAAGAAAUUUCUAGUCUUUCUGCAAGUGCAAUGGCCGGAUUUCGCUUGACUCCUGGAACUGUUCCAGAGCCGUACAGGCAGGUUUCACCUUUAAUUAAAAACUUUCGUAAUUCUUCAUUAAAAAUGGAUGAAGGGUCAGUGUGUUUUUUUUUAACUGAGAGAUAUUUUGAGAAGAGGCUAAAUGACGGCAGUAUGGAUGGAGUUGAUGACAUUGGAGAAGAUGGGAAACAUAAAAAGAAAUUUAAAAGAAGUUUGGAUGAUCUGGAAGAUUUGGAAUCAGAGUGGAGGUUCAAGAAGCAUCGUGGAGAUGACAAAGACAGAAAACAGAAGAAGAAAAAGAAGGAUAAGAAACGCAAAGGAAUGAGCAACUAA